UUGCACCGGCACCUCACGCGUUCGACCGGUACGAAAGGAUUGCGCCACGGUUCGAUGCUGUGGUAGCCGAAAGGACGACGGAGCCCCCGUUCGUGAAACCAGUGCAUGUUCAAAGCCAACAAUUGCCGCAGAUACAGUAUGUCGAUCAUGGCGUGGAUCGCAGAAUCUUGAGAACCAGUGCCAGUCAUGCCAGUCCUAUGGAGCAACACCAAGUACCGAUAUCUCGUCUUUUGAGCGCGCCUGGUGACUGUGGCCCACGCAGCACUACUUCGGAUGACCGCAAUGGUGGCAUCUGUAAUUCUGCGGACAGGUUCACCGCAGAAAGCAAGUUCAAGGACAAGCCGUUCGUUAGGGGCAAGAAUGCGAAGAUUCGAUACUUUGGGAGGAGCCAUAUGUCCACCUUGAUGACGCAAUUCGAUGGUUUGCGGUGCUUUAUGCGAGAGGCUGCACCGCUGAAUCCGACUCUUUCCCAGUUCCGCAAGGAUUUUAAUGUGUGGAAAGAACAUAUUCGGGCCGAGGAAGAGCAAGAGGAGUUUCCAUGCUUGCCAAACCUUCUGGAAUGCAUGCCGCCAUCGUCGGAGGCGGACGAACUGGUCCGCGUAUACAUGAAGAUGUUCGAGUCGACGCACAGGAUCUUGCACAUACCAAGCUUUUGGCAGGAGUAUAGGGAAUUCUGGAGGGACACGGCAAAAGCUUCAUCGGCGUUCGUCGCACAACUGUUGCUCAUCAUGGCCUGCGGGAUGUUGCUGCAUCACAAUUCGGGAGAGGCCGCCGACCCGACCCUGCCUAUGGCGAACGCGCAAACGACGCCCCGCCAGACAGCAGUACAAUGGGUGCAUGCGGUAGAGCGGUGGUUAUGUCACCGGCAAAGACCUGACAUCACGCUUAUCCGCAUCCACUGUUUGCUCAUCAUCGCGAAGCGGGUGAACGCGAUCGAAUUGCAUGCUCUAUGGAUCUCGGUGGGUACGCUUGUCAGGUUGGCCAUGACCAUGGGACUGCACCGGGACCCCGAUUCGCUGUGGAAGGUAUCUGUCUUCCAUGCCGAAAUGCGGAGAAGGCUUUGGGCGACGAUCCUGGAGUUGGAUCUGCAGGCGGCGAUGGAACGCGGAAUGCCAAUCAGAGAAGGCAAUUACCACGACUGCCGCCCCCCGUUGAAUCUCAACGACUGGGACAUCAUGGAGUCGACUGAAGUACCCCCCGACCCGCGGCCCAGUAACUGUACCGAGACAUCAUUCCAGAUCGUGUUACUACGUUCUCUGCCUGUCAGGAUGGAGAUUGCAAGACUGGUUAAUAGCCUCGAUGCGAAUCCACCCUACGAAGAAAUUCUUAGAUUGGACAAGGAAAUCACACAGUACCUGCAAGACAUCCCGCACAAUCUCAAGAUCGAAACGACUUCAAAGGUUCAUAUUGAAGCCGGGCUGUCGCUGCCAAAGCAGUUGCUUGAUCUUUAUUUGCGUCGCUUCCUUCUGUUGCUUCAUUCACCCUUCGCAGCACAAGGGAAGGAUCCGAGAUAUAGCUACUCUAGGCACGUGUGCCUAGAAAACGCUACAAUGCUACUCUCGAAUUCCAAGCAGUUUCAGGAUACAACAGUUCUCAGAGCACUAUACUUCAAGGACGAGCACAUGCAAGCCGCCCUGACUAUCUGCCUAGACCUGUUCAUCAACAAGCCUAACCCGGGACUAGCAUUGUCGAGGGACAUGUUGCACAUCUACCGAGACUCAUCAUUCGCGCUGGUGGAGGGUGCGCUUCAGCUGCUCGAGUCCCGCGUUCGAAUCUUGGGAACAGUCAUCAGGGAAUACUUCUUCCUCUCGAUGGUCCUGGCGUUCGUCAAGGCCAAAGAGUCGCCCGAGCUAUCGGAGCGGUACAUGAAGCAGGCUGCGGACCGCUGCAUCAGAGUGUACCAGGGGUUCCCGAACCAGGAAUUUGUGAAUCCUUCUCCCUCCACCCUGGCGGCAGACGAAAGACCGCCGAGCGAUCCUGCGCUGCUGGACUUCAUAGCGGAGUACGACGGUCUGGACUUUUCAACCGACGAUAUGGACUUUGGAUUGAUGGCGUUAUGGGAUGCGGACUAUCAGGCGUGGGCAACGUAAUAUUUACAGCGGGCCAACUAAUACCUUUGAUGGGGAGUUAAUUGGGUGUGUUUUUGGGGAUCAUUUCCCGGUGGAUACCCGUGUGUUUUGGGGGGGGAUCACGGUAGAUACCCAGCUUAUUAGAGAGAGAGAGAGAGAUGUUCAGUUUAUUUGGCAUGCAGCCUAUCUAUCUAGACUACCUAUGGCGAACCGUCGCACUCCUUUCCCUAGCUUGUUAGACGGUACUUACACGAUCACGGAGAGGUUUUGUUGUGAGUGGUGUUACGUGACUGGAAAUGUACUGGAGACUAGUAGGGACGGAGAUGUAGAGGAACUCCCGGUCCCAGGUAUUAAACCGUGAUGUUCAUUGUGG